AUGGUUGGAAAAAUGCCAAUUGCAACUAGUACGAUUGUUCCAAAGAACAGUAAAAAUAAACAAAAAAAAAUAUCAUCCACAAAUGAAUCUCACUUGAAAAUAUUUAGAAAGACUCAGGCCUGUGAUAGAUGUCGUUUAAAGAAAGUUAGAUGCGAUGGUUUGAAACCUUCGUGCUCAAAUUGCGCUAAAAUUAAUUUUGUUUGUACUCAUGGUGAUAAAUUGGCUAGAAGAGGUAUUCCAAAAGGUUAUACAGAAUCACUGGAACAAGAAGUAGUAAGGUUACAAAAUUUGUUAUCAGAACAAGAGGGACAUAAUAAUAAAGGUGCAGAACCGAAUACACCGGUUUCCAAAGAAAAUCCGGAAUUGGUAUUAUCCUUUAUUAAUGAUAAUUUUCAUAAAUUUACAAAUUAUAAAGUGAAAGUGGAUAAUGACAGACAAAUGUUUUUAGGACAUAGAACUUGGAAUAAAAUAUUUCAUAUUGAAAAUGAUAUGUUGAAUAAUGAAACAGACAAUGAAAUUCACAAAUUUGAUGAUUUUGAGCCAAUCUUAAUGACUUUAAUGAAACAACAAUUGAAAUUGAACGGGAAUAACUAUAUUUAUCCUCAUUUUUUAAUAAACCAGUAUAGAAAUGAUACAUCUUUAAUUAAAUCUCAAUUAAUUCAGGCUGUUAGGCAAUUUUUCCUAACAAUUAAUUCAUUAAUUCCGAUAUUAUAUCCAUUCGAUAUCAUGGAGAAUUCAUUAAUAGAUAUGAUUAUUAUGGGGACGCAACAAACAGAUCAACUAGAAACAAAUACUACUAAGCCCCCACUAUUGAAAUUACUCAUUUUGCAAUAUAUCAUUCAAAUUAAUUGGAAUUGUUACGAUGAUAUGAUCUUAUUUCAAUUGACAAAAUUAAUUCUUAAUGCAAAUAUAUCAGAUAUUAAUAUGGUACAAUGUCUUAACCUUGCCACUUAUUACUUCAUGGGUUAUUGUCCUACUUUAAAUUCUUCAUUACAACAGACUAUAGUGAUGGAUUUGACUAAUAUGAAUUAUUCAAAAUGUCUGUCAAUGGCUCUAUAUAUUAAUCCUAAAAAUUUGCAUGAAGUGACUAAUGACAACAUACGACAUUUAAAAUCACAAACUAUAAAUAAUGAUGAAAACGACUCAAUUUAUAAUGUCACUUUUUGGUGUUUCCAAUUUUUAAAUUCUUGGUGGUCAUUAAUCCAAGGUUUACCCAAGGUGAAUUUCCUAAUUGAUGAAUUUCAACCAAAAGUAUUAAAGAUUCCUAUUUUAAAAUCUUUUUCAUUCUUAGUAGAUUUGGUGGUAAAAUCAUUGGAUGGAACAAAUUUACAAUUGAUAUUAGCUUCAGCAGAACGUUCGAAAUUGGUGGUGACUAUUGAAAAUUUUAGAAAUCAAUUGACUCGUUACAAACUAUAUCAUAAUUAUUUUGAUCAUGAUCAAAAUGAUCAGGAACUGUUGUCUAAUAAUAUUGCGACAAAUAAGCCAUUGAUGUUAGAGAAAUCAGAAUUUAUAGAGAUUAAUUUAACUUUAUUCUAUUUAAUUCUGACAUUAGUUGCAGAGUUAGAACCAGGGCAAACAUCUUCUAACAAUAAUGGGAAAGACAUAACGAUGGAUUCGCAAACGAUACUAGGUAAACAUGACUCGAUCGAAGAAAUUAGCUAUGAGAUAUUGACGUUAUACUAUUUAUUGAUUUUGCAUUAUAAUUCGUUGAAUACUACCUCUGGUAAAUCAUCACAUCAACCAUUAAAAUUUAAUUUAUUCCAUUUCUUGCCAAUUUCAAACGUUGAUUUAAUUAACACAUGCGAAAGUGUAUUAUGUGAUUGGUCAGAUAGAAUGUCUCAAGUAAUAGUACCGGGCGUUAAAGACGUCACUAACAAGAAAAUAUUAAAAAAUCAAUAUUAUUGGAAAUUUAAUAAAUUUAAACAAUUUUUGAUUAAGUGGUCUUUGUUAUGGUAUCAAAGUGAUAUAUUAACAUUGGAGAAACAACCUUUUAUCAAAUCCUUUAAUAUUGAUCUUUCGAUAUUUAAAGUUAAUGAACAUUUUCAAGUAGCUACCACUCCAUCUAUUUAUUUAAAACAGAUAUCUGAUUUCAAUGAUUCACAUUUCAAUUUGACAUAUAAUAAUUCUUUAAUUAGAACCAAUUCAAAGGCAAUCAUGGAACAAUUUAAUAUGUUUGCUUCAGGGAAUAAUGCAAACAACAAUAAUAACAUUCCAGGUACGAUUAGCAAUAGUCGUAAUCUUUCGACAUUGUUUAAGUCUUUAGCGACUCCGAAGUUAGAAGAAAUUAAUAGUAAUUUAUUUCUACCAACAGCAACAACAACCGAUACAAAUGCACAAGUUCAACAGGAUUUUACAAUCAAUGAUCCAAGUCAACCAAAUCCCUUAUACCUAUUGUCACCGUUAUUAAUUGGAAACCAAGAAGAUACAGAUGAUGGUUAUGCUGAAGAUGAUGAUGAGGGAUCCUGUGAUAACAUGGGACCCCUCGAGAUACCUUUUAAAACGAAAAGACGUACAGCAUCACUAUUUCAACAUCAUCAACACCCUAUUCCGUCACAAGGAGAACAGCAGCAACAGCUGCAACAUGGUGUCCAAAAUGAGAAAUCAAAGUCGAAUCAACUUAACGUCAAGAGUUUACUUUCCCCUAUUACGGUGGGAUCUUCUACGUCGUUAAAUGAGGAAGUAGGAGUGGAUAUAUCUCUAAACACUCUAAAUCCACACAAGAAGAGAAAGAUAGAUCAAACUGGAUAUAUGUUUUAUCCACGAGGGGAAGAUGAAAACGGGAUCCUGUCUCAACAACAGUCCCCAACAUUACCACUACCUCGUACUAGUUCGCUAUUGAGUUCAAGAGUUAUGCCUCCACCUUUCUCGGGAACUAGUAUAACUAGUAUAUCACAAUUACUUAUUCCAUCUGAUGGAGGCAAUCCUCAAACAAAUAUCAAUUCUAAUAAGAAUAUGACGGGUUUACCAAGAUUGACAGAAACAGAAACACCAAAAAAUUUUGUCAACAUGUUACUGUUACCAUCGAGCUUGUCGACAUCUACCACAGCGGUAAAUGAGCAAGAACCGAUUAAAGAUGGAACUAAUAAAAAGAGAAAGUGA